AUGACGGAGAAGAACGACGUAAGAGCCAUGAGUUAUCAUCACCAAGUAAAUGUUCAGCUAACAAGUCCUGUUAUUAAGACUAAUUGGAAGCCUGGCAGCUUCGCGGACGAGGAUGGCCACUUCAGAAGACCCGAGGCAAAAAUUCGCAACUUUAUCUCAGCAGAUCCGAACUCAGAGUUCCCGGCAGAGGCUAAUCGUUACGUUCUAUAUGUUCAUUACGCCUGUCCAUGGGCGCACCGCGUUCUCAUUGUCCGGGUGCUGAAGGGUCUUGAGAAUAUCAUAGAUGUCGUUGAGCUUGACAAGGCGGACGAGAUCGGCUGGGCGUUCAGUGGUACGACAGGGCCGGCGAAAGACCCAAGAUACGGCUUCACUCAUCUCCGAGACCUAUACUUGAAAGCAUAUCCCGACUGGAAUGGGAGGAGUUCCGUGCCCGCUUUGUGGGACACGAAGAAAGAAACCAUCGUUAGCAACAAUGCCAGCGAGAUUCUUCAAAUGGUAUACACCGAGUUCGAUCAAUUGCUCCCCGAGGAGAAGAGGGAGGCUACCAAAGGCGAAGCUGGGUUCUUGCCCCCAAGUCUCAGGACUGAGCUCGACAACUUCCGGGAUUUCGCGUAUCACAAUAUCAACGAUGGUGUCUAUAAGGUGGGCUUCGCCUCCACUCAAUCAGCCUAUGAACACAAUCUCUUUCCGCUCUUCGAGUCUCUAGAUAAGAUAGAGGAAAUGCUAGCAAGCCCGGAUCAUCAACCUUACCUUUUUGGUAAAAAUAUCACUGAUGCUGACAUUCGGUUGUACUCGACUCUGAUCCGCUUCGAUGUUGCUUACUUCUCAAGCUUCAAGUGCAAUCUAAAAAUGAUCCGCUACGAGUAUCCAAGGCUGCACCUCUGGCUACGAAACCUUUAUUGGGAUCCAGAGAACAAAUUCAACGGUGCAUUUAGAGACACGGUCCGAUUUCAGCUUUACAAGGAGCAGUAUGCCUACGCUACGGUUAGCAAGGUCUAUCCAAAAGGACCUAUACCACAUAUCCUACCUUUGUGAAUAUCAAAACCAGAUUCCGUGC